UGUGUGUGUGUGUGUGUGUGGGUGUGUGUGCGUCUGUGUGUGUGUGUGUGUGUGGGUGUGUGGUUCCCCCUGCAGUGUCAACUCCCUCCUUGCCUUACCCCAUGCACGGAGCAGGGAGCAGGCAGCAAUGUGCAGCAUCCCCAAGUAAAGCGGACGAAGUGCAGUUGGGGACAGCGCUGCCUUCCCGGAGCUGACCUUGCCCUGUCUCCCUGAAGCCUGGCAGUGUCCCUGCUCUGGUGGCCAGGCUCCUCCGCCCUCAGUCUGUGCCCACAGCCCCAGAUGCCCGAAGAGCCGGUGCCGAGCUCCUGGACCAAGAUCAUGUUCGCGCCCCUGUCAGCAGCUGCCCUGAGACAUGGCAUCUAGACUAGGGGUGAGAGUGGUGCCAACUCCACCCAGAGGGACCCGCAGGCUCGUCUUCAUCUUCAGCCUGUCGCUCUCCUUCACCUACCUGUGUUACAGCCUCAUCUUCUGUGGCCACUCCAUCAUGCAGAAGCCGCUGGCUUUCCCCGAGCACCGAGCCUGCUAUCUGCUGCAGAGAUCCCAGCACUGUGGCCACUCUGCCCAUCCCAACAGCCCGGGCCGAGGGCACGCAGCCCCUAACAGGACAGUCAGCGGCAGGAGCCCGGAGCGGGACAGGGUCAGCGAGACAUCCCCCAGGCCGGGCAGUAAGCGCCUGCCUCUGGCCAUUAUUGUCGGUGUGAAGAAAGGAGGGACCCGGGCGGUGCUAGAGUUCAUCCGAGUCCACCCCGAGGUCAGGGCGCUGGGCACCGAGCCGCACUUCUUUGACAGGCACUACGAGAAAGGACUGGAGUGGUACAGAAGCUUGAUGCCCAAGACGCUGGAUGGUCAGAUCACCAUGGAGAAAACACCCAGUUAUUUUGUUACCAGGGAGGCACCAAAGCGAAUCUUCUCGAUGGCAAAAGGCACUAAACUCAUCGUAGUGGUCAGGAACCCAGUGACGAGAGCCAUUUCAGACUAUACCCAGACACUGUCCAAGAAACCGGAGAUUCCGACCUUUGAGGUUCUAGCCUUCAAGAACAGGACCCUGGGCCUGAUUGAUGCCUCUUGGAGUGCGAUCCGCAUUGGAAUCUAUGCCUUGCACCUGGAGAACUGGCUCCAGUUCUUUCCCCUCUCCCAGAUCCAUUUUGUCAGUGGGGAGAGGCUCAUCAUCGACCCAGCCGGAGAAAUGGGCAAAGUGCAGGACUUCCUGGGCCUCAAGAGGAUCGUCACCGACAAGCACUUUUACUUCAACAAAACCAAGGGCUUUCCUUGCCUGAAGAAACCAGAGAGCAGCAGCACGCCGAGGUGCCUCGGCAAAUCAAAAGGAAGGACUCAUGUCCAAAUAGACCAAGAUGUAAUUGAGCAGUUGAAGGAGUUUUACAGAUCAUAUAAUAUUAAAUUUUAUCAAAUGGUGGGACAUGACUUUCGAUGGGACUAACCACUAACAUCACCACAAAUUGAGGAAGAAAAAGGAGAAAAUUUAUAUACGUCUUCCAUAUUAGAGGACUUAACACAUUCAAAAUGAUAGCCUGUCUGGCACACAACAGGCAAGCUGUUCCAGAGCUCAAACCUGACGCCCUGAGGUUGGACUGUGAGCUAAAGAUCCUCCUCCGUAAUUCAUCAGAGUUUAGGUCAAUCCUGGGAAAAGCAAGGCAAACCACUGGGGCGCCUCCAGAGGAAGCCACUGGGGAAAUGAGGGUCAGUUAUGGAUGCAAUCACUUGGAGACCAGGGCCAACCACAAGAUUUACACACUGGGGUAACUUGGACCACCCAUCACUUUGGUCCACUACUGAGGCAGUGUAGUGGCAUCAGUCCAAAUGAUGUGUGUGUUUUUUAAGUGAAAUGUGUCGUAUUGUACCGAUAUCGUUGGCAUCUGAAAUAUUGCCAUUGAAACCAAUUGGAACUCUAAGAUUCACCUGUGCUCUAAAACAAACAGACGCUCACCCCAUUGCAGUAUAAAACAAAGAAUCCAAUAAAAAUCCUUCUGCAGCAUGUAUCAUGGUUGAAGGAAUGAUUGAAUGUAGAGACCUAUGCUUCUCUCCCUUUAUUGAUUUCCUCUUUCAUAGUUUAUUUUAUUGCAAUCGUUAAUCUCUCUUUUCUAAUCCCUGUGGGUGUUUCAGUUGUCACAGGCUUAUUUAGCAUGGAUUUAUCAGCAUUGCCCCAACUUAUAGAGAGGAUCUAUUGCUAUAUGAUAUCACAGUGUACAUUAUUGUUUGUUCAUUCUCAGUAUGCGGCCCAGCUAAUGUCCUUAAUGUCCUCAGCCUAUCCCACAAGUAGACUGAGAUUUAAACAAUUCAAGGUGUCUGUAGACAGCAUGCAAAAGUGAACCAUGUUGGUGAGGGACUUGGAAUCAUAAACAGGCCCAGCCUGGUCAGGACAGCAUUUCAAUCCUGAGGCAGCAUCAGUGAAACAGUUGAAUUUUUUACAAUGAUACAAUAGUUUCAUGGUCACUUUUACUGAGACCAGCAUUCCGUUCUCGAACUCUCAACUGCCCAUGGUAGAGUUUGAACUUAAAAGGUAGAAUGUAACUUAGGGUACUCAUGUAAAAUGGGCAACAAGGAAACGUAGAGACAUGUUGAUAUUUUCGAAUAAAACUGUGCAGGGGUGUUAUUACACAUUAUGGAGCAGAUGGGACUUGAAAGCAGAACUCCUGACUCAGGUAGGGAAGCUACCACUGUGCUACAACAGCCCAACUAAGAAGACGUAUAAUAGGAAGUUAAUCAAUAUAACUUGUUUUAUAGUAUCAUUCAAAGUCCAAAUUACUGCUACAUUCUGUAGAUUACAAGUUUAAUAACAUAAUGAUUACACUAUACAAUAAUACCCAUCCUUGGCACAGAAGUUCUUUCAGUUAGCUUUGAAUCCUCCUUAUUUUUCUACUCCGCUCCAUUUCUCACUAGACAGGUCUUGACAGGCAAUUUAGUUGCCUCAAACUGGUUUAAGGGGUAAUUUAGGUGAAACAUUUUGUUUAACUGACUGCCCUGUCCUCACAAUGGGACCCUAUAUUUUAUUAUAAGCAAGUAUAAGGAAUUAGUCACUGUGGGUAAUUCACAGAAACUCAGCAGUCAAUUUGUCAGAGAAAAAUAAUGGCACAUAUUUCUGUUCUAAAAGAGGGGAUAUGUUGCUUGUCAAAGGAAUGGCUGUGUCACGCUAGAUUGUCCAAAUCUACAGAAAAACAUAUUCAUGUUGUAGAAUUGUGCCUAUCAGUUGG